CCUGUAUAGAGCAGGCACUUUGAAGUGUCAUUUAAGAAUUCUUAAAAACACGUGGUAGUUGGUGGUUAUGUUCCAGCAACAAUUUAUUAAUUUAAUAUAAAUUUAUUAUUUAAUAUAAAUAAGAAUUUUUUUUAUAUCAAAAUGAAUGUGAUUCCAUGCACAACUUGGGUAAAAAAGGGUGUUGCUGCAGCUGUGCCUGACAAAGUUCAAUUAACACCCCAAGAACUUGAAAGCAUUAUUAAAAAAACUCAAUCUGAAUUGGAAAAUGCAGAAAGUGAUUCUGAAGAUGGUGAGAAUGAAGCUUCGUCUUCAACUAAUAAUCCAGCACCGAGACAAUCGAAUAUGGAAUCAGAUGAAUUUGAUUUUGAAAAUUAUGAUGAAGAAGCGGGAGAAAUUCAAUGUCAUAUUGGUAGUUUAGCUGUUGUAAAUUCAGAAGGCAGAGAUCCUUUGGUAACAAUUCCAGAUAGCGAAGACGAAGAUUCAGAAAAAGAAGAUGAUAUUAUUAAACCUGAUGAUAAUUUAGUUAUCUUAGGGCAUGUUGAAGGAGAUGCUAGCAUUUUAGAAAUAUUCGUGUAUAACGAAAAGGAAAAUUCUUUUUACUGUCAUCAUGAUCUUCUUUUGCCUGCAUUUCCGUUGUGCUUAGAAUGGUUGAAUUUUGAUCCAUCGGAUGCAAAACCAGCAAAUUUUUGUGCAAUUGGAAAUAUGACUCCAAUAAUUGAAGUCUGGGAUUUGGAUUUGAUUGAUGGUUUGGAGCCAGCUUUUAAACUUGGAUCCAAACCUAAUAAAAAAAAGCAACUCAAACGGAUAGGACACAAAAAGGCAGUAUUAGAUCUAGCAUGGAAUCAUAAUUUCACUCAUGUCUUGGCAAGUGGCUCAGUGGAUGAAACUGUUUUAUUGUGGGAUUUAGAAAAUGGCACUCCAGUAACCAAAUUAAGUCAAUUUAAUGAAAAGGUUCAAUCAAUACAAUGGCAUCCCAAGGAAACUCAAAAGUUAUUAACUGGAUGUGCUGAUAAAACUGUUAAAGUAUUUGACUGUCGAGUUGAUGAUACAUUCAAAUCAUGGGAAACCACAGGAGAAGUUGAACGAGUACUAUGGAAUCACUUUGAUCCGAAUUAUUUUUUCAUUAGUACUGACAACGGCAAUAUCGAAUAUAUAGAUUCAAGACAAGGCAAACACUUGUGGGAAGUAAAAGCUCAUGAAAAAGAGGUUACUGGUUUAUCUCUAAGUUCAUCCUGUCCAGGAUUAUUAGUAACAACUUCGAAUGAUGGCGUAAUAAAAGUUUGGGAUGCUGUAAAUCAUGAGAGUUUGACAGAAAUUUGGGAGAAAAAACUAAAUCUCGGGAAUAUUCAAUGCUUAGCUGCAUGUCCUGAUAAUCCUUUUGUUUUUGCCGUUGGAGGUGAUAAUAAAUCCCACAAUUUUAAGCUCUGGGACUUGACGGAAAUAACAGAUGUAAUUAAUCAAUUUAAAGAUAGAAGAUUGAUUGAGAAUGUUGGAGAACAAGCCGGUCUAAAUGAAGAAAAUCAAUCAAAUGUAGAAAUGAUGGAUGUUACUGAUAAUAUGGAGACAGUAACAAUUAAUACAGGGAAGAAGAAAAAAGGAGGUUCAAGUAAAAAUUGUAAAUAAUCAUUUGAGUUGUAUUAUUGGUCAAUAAAAAAAAAUCUAUAU